AUCCUACUAAAAGCAGACUUGUUUUCAUUUUAAAUGUUUACGUAGACACCUUGUUGUGGAGCUGGCUGUUCACAAGUCCAAUGCUGUGCUCUGUUGUGUGCUGAAAUGUCUCGGGGUGACCAAGAAACGAAAUGAUUGGAAACAGCGGCUCCAGCAACCUCUGCAUGCACAACUGUACCCAGCACUGCCACGGCUGCCUGCCCAGCAGACCCAAUUACGCGAGCCAGAGGGAUGGUUGUAGUCACGGGGCAGAACAAAGCGAGUGGACACCCAGGCGAUGCCAUGUCGACCUCGGAUGCGGAAGAUGAUUUCCAAGAGCCGGCCACCCCAACGGCCACCCAGGCAGAGCAUUCCCUGUCCCUUCUUCCACAGCAGUUCCCUGAAGUGGUUCCCCUGAAUGUAGGAGGCAUGCAUUUCACCACCAGACUGUCAACGCUGAGGCGAUACGAAGACACCAUGCUGUCGGCUAUGUUUAGCGGCCGGCAUUAUAUCCCGACGGAUGCCGAAGGCAGAUAUUUUAUUGACCGGGACGGAACAUUCUUUGGAGACGUGCUUAACUUCCUGCGGUCCGGUGACUUGCCUCCCCGAGAACGAGUGAGGUCAGUUUACAAGGAAGCUCAGUAUUAUUCAAUAGGACCAUUGCUAGAAAACCUAGAAGAGCUCCAGCCCCUUAAAGGAGAGAAAGUCCGGCAGGCUUUCUUGGGCUUAAUGCCCUAUUACAAAGAUCACUUGGAGCGGAUCAUUGAGAUUGCAAAACUGAGGGCCAUGCAGAGAAAGGCCCGGUUUGCCAAGCUGAAGAUCUGCGUCUUCAAGGAAGAGAUGCCCAUCACACCAUACGAGUGCCCGCUGUUCAACUCCCUUCGCUUCGAGAGGAGCGAGGGCGAGGCUAAACUCUUUGAACACCACUGUGAAGUGGAUGUGUCAUUCGGACCUUGGGAAGCUGUAGCAGACGUCUACGAUCUCCUCCAUUGCAUUGUGACGGACCUUUCUAGCCGGGGCAUCACCGUGGACCACCAGUGCAUCGGGGUGUGUGACAAACAUCUGAUCAACCAUUACUACUGCAAACGUCCCAUCUAUGAAUUCAAGAUCACAUGGUGGUAGGCUUUUUGCCCAAGAGUGAGGGAGCCUGUCCUCUUCCUGGUCUUACUUCACUUACAACCGCUGGAUGGCGAUUCUACUUUGUCUCAGAAAUUACCUUGUGAAGGAACAUGUCCUCCAUUUCCUGCAAUGCAGCUAGUGGAAACCUGUCUCAGACACUUCUUUGAAACAGAAAAAAUUUCCAUUGGGAAGGAUGCAUGCCGGGUACCGGAUAUGAUCACAGCUAUAGAAUACCUCAGCGUGCUUGUAUAGAGGUUUUGAAGGCAUUUGCCCUGCCUCCCCAGCUUUCAGUCCUUACUUAUCUGCACUACAGAGGUGGCUGACAGCAGGAACACAAGCCGUUGCACAAUAUUUCCAAGAGUUUGUUUCCCCCCACCAGUGUGAUGAAUAGCUGUUACUUAGUCAUGUGGUGUCAGAAGUAUGCAGCAAGCACUUUACCUCACACCGCUGUCACUCCUGCCUUUGUGACUUUAUUGUUGUGAUUUGCAAAGCAGAGGGCUGAGAUGCGUUCCAUAGAUGCUGACAUGAUUCAGAAGCAAUUAAAAAAAAUAAUCUGCGUUCUGUAGCAAAACCCUAAUUUUUUUUUUAGUGUGGGGUACUUUUUUAUCAUUGCUUUAAUUGUGAGCCUAUAUUUGUUAAUUAUUUCCUGUGUUGUAACUUAUUGCUGUUUCUUUGACCAAAAAGGCAAGUUUUUUUGUCCUGUUUCUGGGAUGCCUCUCCAUGCAUUCAAGCUGUGUAGAUGAUGGUCUUUAUAGACCUGAGACAGAACUAUUUCUAAUUGUUUCUACCAAAACUUUAGCAGCUGGCAGUAUCUGGAUGAAAGCUUCUCCGUAAGGGCAGUUCAUUUUGCAGGGAUUUAAGGCCUUGAACUGAGUCAGCCUUGUGGCCUCCCCCAGAUCCCAAGUCUGAGAGACACUGCAAGGAAGCAAACUGGGUGUAAUAUCUUUCCCUAUAGAAUGGACUGCUGUAUCCCACAGAAACAAAAAGAUCACCAAGGUUAGUUGCUUUAGUGCAGCAACCAAUACUGGCUAAAAUGAAAGCAGGCGAGAAGAUCCUGUGCCUCCUAUAUCUGCAAAAGUUUGCACACAUUUGAAGCUACCAGAUAGGGCCCAUAAAUGAUCGGCGCUUGUUUUUGUGUUGUCCGGCAGUUUAUGAUGGAAUGGAUUGUAGGUGCACAGCCUAUUCAAAAAGGGCUGCUUGAUUUUCCAGAGCUGCGGUAAAAGCAGCCUAGCCUCAGUCCCUACGAGAGAAGAAUCCUCCCAUCCCCUGAUGCUGUCAAAGAGAACAUUUUCUCCUUCUGCUCAAAUAGUAGAACACUCAAGGAAGCUGAUGGGCAGUAGAUGCAUGCUGGACAAAAGGAAAUACCUUUUUACACAGUGAGUGAUUGAAAAGUCACAUUUGCUGCCUAAGGAUAUAAUGAUGGCCACAGGCAUAGAGGACUUCUAAAGAGGAUCAGAAAUAUUAAUGGAAGAAAUAGACCUAUCAGUGGCUACUAGCCAUGGUGACUAAAGGGAACCUGCACAUUCAGAGGCAUCCAGCUUCUUAAUGCUAGUGCCAGGAGGCAACAUUGGGGAAGGCCUCAGCUUCUAUGCCCUGCUUUGGGCCCUCAGGAAUACGAUUGGCCACUGUGUGAGACAGGAGGCUGAACUAGGUAGAUCCAGCAGGUCUCUUCUUAUAUUCUCUAUGAUACUAGCAAAAAACCCUAAAGGGCCAAGAGAGGUCCUGAAUCUAGAUAGGGCACUCUCAGGCCUCAGCAGCUGGACUGACCCCUCCCAUCAGGCUUGUCCCCUCACAUUUGCAUGGUUGCUCACGGUGCCCAUCAACACCUGACUCCCAAGUCCUCGCUGAUAUGCUUCCUUCGUACAUAAGCACUUUGACUGGGACUCCAGCAAGGGUGCAGGCUAUGUGAAGGCUACAGGCUGCCAAGCAGGCUGCCCUGCCCCAUGAUUAGACUGCCAAGGACCUCAUCUGAAUGGGCACCUAAUAGGCUCAGCUGCAUGGGUGGGGAGCCAGCUCAUUGGUGCUACAGUCCUGCGGUUGGUUCUGGCUAUUUACACCGCCCUGAGAGCUGACCCAAAAAGACCCCUUUGUAUUUAUCAUGGAUUAUAUCUCACGCAUCAGGAGAGAUAGGAUUCUGGAUGUUGCUGCAACUAGCAGUUGCAUUAAAAGAGCAUAGCUUUGUUCUUGAGAGAAGAUCUAGUUCUUUAGUUUGUGGAUCUAACACAUUCUUUUUUUGUACGAAUAAGCUAUUUAUUUAUGCAGAGAGAGGAAAGAAUAACUUUUAAAAAAUUCUUCUUCCUUACCGAGAUUUGGAAAGAUUUUGUUGUGACUGUUAUUUAAAGGUUUUUUUAGGGGUGGGUGGGAAAUCACCGUAUUACCUAGGUUUCUCUAUGCAUUACCUUUAAUGCCUUUGAAAACAACCAAGAUAUAAAUGGGAAGUUGUGUGUUGUGUCGAAGUAAAUUGUUGGAACUGGUGAACCUCACUAAUACGACUUUCAGUUAUGUGUUUGUUUUCCCGAUGUAUAAUUGGUAUUUUGUAUUAAAAUGUGUCAUGUGUCAGUAUUGUGCAAUAAAAUAUCUCUAUAUGAUCACCUG